ACCUCUGCUGUCUCCUCCCCUGGACCUGCUGCCCGCAUUAAUAUUCAGCCCGUCAGCCAAUCAGCCCAGCUGGGUGGAUGACAUCAUGGGCUAGGGAACAGCGAACAGCCAGUGAAGCAUCCAGCCUGCCGAGCAAGCUUUGCUUUUAGGGUCAGGAACUGGUCUGACAAGAGAAUGGCAGUCCUGCCUUUAAACUGUCACUAGGACUGCACGGCUGACGAUGAAUCCAGCGGGACUCCAGGCCCAAAGGCGAGACACCGAGCAGGAGAAUGUGAAGACAUAUUUCAGGAUCUUGUGAGUGCUACUAAAGAUGUCUGAUAGUGUCGAUAUUGAAGAGAAGCCACCAGCCCCCCCCUUGAGAAUGAACAGUAAUUCCCGAGACUCUUCAUCAGUGAAUCACGCAUCUAAACCACUUCCAAUGGCUCCUGAGGAAAAGAACAAGAAAGCUCGCCUGCGCUCCAUCUUCCCCGGAGGAGACAAAACGAACAAAAAGAAGGAAAAAGAACGUCCAGAGAUAUCCUUACCCUCAGACUUUGAACACACAAUCCAUGUCGGCUUCGAUGCUGUUACAGGAGAAUUUACAGGAAUCCCAGAGCAGUGGGCACGGCUCCUGCAGACCUCAAACAUCACCAAACUGGAGCAGAAGAAGAAUCCACAAGCUGUGAUCGACGUGCUGAAGUUCUACGACUCCAAAGAGACCGUCAACAACCAGAAAUACAUGAGCUUCACCUCGGGAGACAAGACAGCGCAUGGAUACAUUGCAGCAAACACUCUGAACCGACUGCUGUCUUCUGGGCCUCCUGUCAGCCUUAGAACCUGCAGCGCAUUAUUUGACAAGGGUGCCAAAACGUCAACAACAGAACCCCCGAUUGCUCCACCCGUUUCAGAAGAGGAGGACGAGGAGGAAGAAGAAGAGGAGGAGGAAGAUGAAGACGAGGACGACGAUGACGAGCUGCCCCCGGUCAUCGCCCCUCGACCUGAGCACACCAAAUCUAUCUACACGCGCUCCGUCAUGGACCCACCAAAGCCUCCCGCCCCGGUCAAAGAAGAGUCAACUCCACCAGAGUCGCAGGUUCAGCCUGACAACACCUCCAACACGAUGUACCGCCACACCGACCGGCAGAGGAAGAAGUCCAAGAUGACAGAUGAGGAGAUCCUGGAAAGACUCAGGAGUAUCGUCAGCGUGGGGGAUCCCAAAAAGAAAUACACACGCUUUGAGAAAAUAGGACAAGGAGCGUCUGGCACUGUUUACACUGCCAUCGACAUAGCAACUGGUCAAGAGGUGGCCAUCAAGCAGAUGAACCUGCAGCAACAACCCAAGAAGGAGCUGAUCAUCAACGAGAUCUUGGUGAUGAGGGAAAACAAAAACUCCAACAUAGUGAACUACCUGGACAGCUACCUGGUAGGAGACGAGCUGUGGGUGGUGAUGGAGUAUUUGGCUGGAGGCUCGCUGACGGAUGUUGUGACUGAGACCUGUAUGGAUGAGGGCCAGAUCGCCGCCGUCUGCAGAGAGUGUCUCCAAGCUUUGGACUUUCUACACUCCAACCAGGUUAUCCACAGAGACAUAAAAAGUGACAACAUCCUCUUGGGGAUGGAUGGAUCCGUGAAGCUCACCGAUUUUGGCUUCUGCGCGCAGAUCACUCCGGAGCAGAACAAGCGCAGCACGAUGGUGGGAACCCCAUACUGGAUGGCACCGGAGGUGGUGACCCGAAAGGCUUACGGACCAAAAGUGGACAUCUGGUCUCUGGGAAUCAUGGCGAUAGAAAUGGUGGAGGGAGAGCCACCUUAUCUGAACGAGAAUCCACUCAGGGCACUUUACCUGAUAGCAACCAACGGUACUCCAGAGCUGCAGAACCCUGAAAGGCUGUCAUCGGUGUUUAGAGACUUCCUCAACCGCUGUCUGGAGAUGGAUGUGGACCGCAGAGGCUCCGCCAAGGAGCUGCUGCAGCAUUCCUUCCUCAAGCUGGCGAAGCCUCUUUCCAGCCUGACGCCUCUGAUUGUAGCUGCUAAGGAAGCCAUAAAGAACAGCAGUCGCUGAGGGUGGGGCUCCCUGUCCAAGCCAAAGGCUGGAGCGCUGCCGCUGAUGCGUUGCUUCAUGACAGCAGGGGUUUGGGUGAACAGAGCGGGUUUGUGUGACUGACAGUGACAGCACAAGGGCAUGAGACCCUCCCCCAGCCGCCGCCACUCGUCCUCCAGGCCUCGUCUGUGGGACGGACAUCUGGCUUUGCAGCCUCUCGGCCACGCUGCUGAAAAAACAGACCUUGCCUCCUUGUUUACUUCUCCAGCACUGUACAUGUAGAGCAGUCUAUCACAAGUAUGUCAAAAAUGUGUGUGUGUGUGUGGUGUGUGUGGGUGUGUGUGUGUGUGUAUGCGUGCGUGUGUAAACAAACCGUGCACUUCUGUUCACAUCAUGUCUUGUUUUGGGGCAAAUCGCUCCCUAAACAUCUAAGGAAAAAUAGUUUAGGUAAAAGUGAGAAGAAAAGGUGCUUAUUCUCCAGAGUAAAAAUAAAAAGCUACUGCAGCAGUGAAACGGAGAAACUAAAAUUUCUUCCCCAUCUCGGGUUAGGAUUGGCUCCCUUCCCUCUCGGUUUGGACCCGACAUCAGCCUGCAUGACCGUGGUUCUGUGAAGAAGCACCGCUAACCCUCUGCAGAUCGCCUCCUCUGCUGUGUGUCCUGUGUUGGUGUGUGUGAGUGAAUGUGGGAAUGCAACUACUGGAAGAGGAAAACAGAUUCAGGAAGGAUUUCUCCAUGACUCAUGAAAGCUUUAAUACCGAUUCCAAAAUCAAUUUCUGCAGUUCUUAUACAUUAUUUCUGCUCAACCUCUUUUUGCAAUUAAUUUUUUUGCUGUUUUAAUCACUGGACAUAAAUUCAAUUUCAUUUUUAAAUUUGGUUUAUUUUAAAUUUCAUUUUGAAUAUGUAAAGUCUUCAUUAUUUAUAAUAUGAACAUUCUGACACAAACUAUCAUUUUAAACAUUGUUACUCCUAAUUUUUUAGCAUUGGUGUUUUGUUUUUUUUGUUGUUUUCAUACAGUGCGAUGCAAAAAGCCUUUCCACAUUUUGUCAUGUUGCAAACAUCAGUUUUGUAUAUUUAAUUUUGACUUUAUUUAUUAUGCAUAAUUGUGAAGUUGAAGGAAAAUGAUCAGUGGUUUGCAGGUACAAGGUGCCAUUGAGCAGAUUUACUUCCUGCAUUGUCCUAUUUUUAGCUCCAUGUCUCUAAAAUGUCUUCUUAUCGAUUUGCUUUUCUUUUUAGUCCAGCUGGAUUAUCAUAUCUUAGUAGCUGGACUCCUUGACUUAUAGGAACAUAAAUGCUGCAUAAAAAAGGCACAUUACACUUUUAAUACAUAUAUUUUUAAUUGUAAGCUGUGCAUUUUUUUUCCUUCUGCUUCCACAAUCAUGCGCUACAGUCUUGUAUUUAUAACAUGACGCUUGUGGUUAUAAAAUGACAAAAUAUGAAAACGGAUUCAGUGAUUUGAAUACUUUUUAGAACAUCUGAUAUGGUUUGGAUGAAUUACAAAAAAAGUGAUGAAUUAAGAAGAUGAUAAUCCUGAAUUCAAUCUAAAGUCCAGGAUUCUCAUCUGUCCUCAAACUGUGAGCAGAAAAUGAAAUCCAGUAGAAAUAUGUCUCAUUUACAAAACAACAAAAUGACACGUCUUUUUAUUAUAAUUUUAGUUUUCCUUCUGAAUGUUAAUAUUAGAGGAAGCCUGGUCAGGUGAAAAACUUCACGUCCUUCUGACAUAAAAUCUAAGUUGCUUCUCGUCCAAGCUUUACUUUUUCCCCCCAAUGUGUAUUUUGACGCAUUUCUCAUCACAUUUUGUUGUUAGUUUUCAAAUAUGUGACAGAUUUGAGAGAGGUGGGCGUUAUCCGCCUCUCUGUUAUCCGCCUCUGGAGUGUCGUUCUUAUAAUCGUACUCAUUCCUCUCAUACCUGGUUUAGAGUUGAAAUAGUACAAAGCUUUUUUUCCGUCUGUGGUUGCAUUCACUAGUUUCCUCCGAAAUUUCCUCCACCUACAAUGCCGUGAGAAACUCGCAUGAACUCAUCCUCGACUUGAAUGUUGUGUUAACAUCAGGCUUUGAAACAAGUCAACUGUUCCUCCUGCUUCAUACUUUUUAUAGCCACCAACAAGCUGCUACCAUAAAUCUGUCUGAAUAAUUGAUCACUUCUCUAAGCAGAACUGGAAGACUUCAUUUAAAACACAGACUCUGAUUUUUGGGAUGUCUUUAAAACCAGGGACUUCGGGGUUGUGUUUCCUAAAGCUUAAUGUCAAUCAGUUUUAUUUGUUCCAAACCCAUUUUGGUGUUCAAAUGGCAUCCUCUCAGUCUGUGUUCAUGUAAAGAGUUCAGUGACACCAGCUGAUUUACCUGAGACUUGUUCCAACAGCACAAAGGCCCCGAAUACACAUAAAACUGGUUUUGGAAUAAAUUAAAUAGACUAACAUUUACUUCCUGGAAUGUUUCUGAAAGGGAACUUGAAGAAAUUUGCUAGGGCUGAGCAAUAAAUCAAUAACAAUAUAUAUGGUGAUGGACACUUGAUCAAUACGUCAGAUGAAAUGUUGAUAAUUUCACAGAACUCUUUUCCAGAACCGCACAGAAUUCUGGGAGAUGUGGGCAAAUAAAAGGCUUUAGCCUCUCAUUCAGUCUUUGGUUACUGAGCAACAACCUGUUGCGUAAGAGUCGCUGCAGCAGUUUCAGGUUUAGCCUGAAAAUUGUGGAUGAAAAGGGAAAAGUCCCAUCAACAGUUUGGCAUCAUUUCAGAUAUUUAAACCAGAAAACAAACAAAUAAUCAUCAAUAUCAACUGAUAUGAAAAUGUCCAAUGGUGAUACGAUUUUUAAACACAUUGUCAAAACCCAAGGCCAUAUUUUGAAAACCAGAUCUAUGGUAGGACACAAGUUCUGUCAGAACCUUGUUAGUGGCUACAGAAAGAAUGCAGUGAAUAAACGACCAAAAAGAACAACGUUCCAGCUGAUGAGUAGAUGCACAUUUCUUCCCGGCAUUGUAGCUCCCCUGUGUGAAUGUGGGUCUGUUUGUGUAAUGAUGAUGAUGAUGGGGGCUGCCUCAAUCUGCACUAAAAGAUGCCUCACUCCUGCUUUCCACCUUACCUUUGAGGUGCAGGGUAGCUGCUCAGAAACAUUGUACCUCCUCUGUACAGAAGAUGCAGGAGAGGCGACAGACCUGAGGACGCAGCAGAUUCCAUGCAUGUGAAAACAAACUGUGCACUGUUAUCUCCUGAAACACAUAGGCUGGGAUUGUUAGGGUAUGUAUGUAUGUAAAUAUGGCAGGUCCUCUCCCCCUGCCCUCCCUGUCUGUUUUUCAGAACUGUGUAACUUAAGCUGAUAAUAAUUCAGGUGACUCGUAUGGUACCGAUAAAUGUUCUGCACCCUGGGAAUUGAAAAAAAAAAAAAAAACAACAACCAAAAAACAGAGAAAGUCCAACCCACACGCCGCUUCUCCCGGAUCCGCCUCUUUGGGCGGGGGGCUCUACAGCAGACAGUUCAUCUGUGGAGCGAGCCGCUGACCCCGGCUCUCUGUGUGCGGGCCCACACAGUCAGUCCAGGCCGAGCGCGGCUGCCCUCCUCCUCCUCUUCUCCCUCCUCUGUCGCUGCGUGUGGCCUGUCGGAAAGCCUCCCCGGCCCUGGGACGAUUUGGCCUUUCUAACCCUUGUACAGGUCUGAACUAUGAGCACAAAGGUGAACUUCGGGACAGGAGACCCCACUGACGUGCCCACCCACACCCACACCCCAUCCUUCCCUUCCCACUUUUCUGUGGUUGCUCCUGUACAUUCCUAUCUUCUGAAUGUGUAAACCUGUACACGUGGUGUGAAAAAUUCCUCUAUUAAUGUGUAUCAAGAGAAUGGAACAAAGACAAACAAUGUUACUUUUUAAAUUAUUAUCUUUAUUAUUAUUAUUAUUACUCUUAUUACUGUCUAGCUUUGUAAAACUGCUGAUCUAUCCGGCGUACCUCGGCAGACCUUUCCCCGUCUUUGAAAAAAAAAAAAAAAAGGACGCAAGAAUCGGGGGAGAGAAAUGAGGUUUUGGAUAAACUAUUUUUAACUGUGGUUGAAGCAAUAGACUUUUUGAACUUUGAAUCGUGCAUGGCUGUGUCCUGAGUGUAAAAAUACAAAAUAUUGCAGUUUGGGAACUGGAUUGAAAAUAAAAAGAGGAGGAAAAACAAGA